UUUUUUUUCUUUUUGCCGCGCCACUGCGGCUUUCGAACAAUAUUUUUAGUUGUACUUUUCAUUUUCUAUUUAUUUAACUGGCGGUGGCAGCCGACUUGAGUCGGCCAACAAACCGCAUGCAUGCUCGCUUUACAGGCUUCUUUUUACCACGGAAAAUACAAACAGAAGUGGGUUGGGGGAAGAGGUUUUCCAGACGAGACGGGACGCCAAUGAAGCGAGAAAAAUUAGUGUUUGUAAAGUGAGUUUGUCAACAUGAGGCGUGUGCAUCGCAGAACCAGACAAAAGCCAGAUACAGAUACGAAUACGUCUAUGAAUACAAAUACUGAUACAAAUAAGUAUCAUUAACGCAAUGCCCAAACCGUUAGAGAGGCAUGCAUUCGAGUUGGAGUUUGGAGUUGGGAGUUGGUGGCAUCUUUACCUGGAAGCCGACUCCAAAAAGUCCAUAAAUCCAAGUAUUUUUCUGCAGAACUUUUCGUUUGGCUGUGGAAUGAUGAUGAUGAUGAUAUGGAGGAGGUGAAGCAGCUGAAGGAGGAAUCAUGACGGGGACAAAAAGUGGGGGACAUGGGCAAUGUAAUUGAAUACCUGGCAUACUCAUCUUUUCCAGCACUUCCAACCAUGUUUACAUUGGCAUACACUCCUCUAUGGGGGAUUAUUCCAUGUUUGUUGGCACUUUGAUGGGCAUUUUGUUGCUUGGGAUUAUAAAUUAGCUAAGCAAAAUAAGUUAAAAUUUUCCAUUAAUUAAUAAGUUCCGUUUUGUAAAGAGGCAUUAAUCUUGAUUAGUAAUUAACUGUCCGUUUUUAGAAACACCUUAUCAAUUUUUAAUCAAGAUUGCAAACAUGUUUAACUUUAGAAAUAGAUUAUAUUCUAGUAAAAAUAUUAUUUAUAAACUUUAAUCAAGUUUUCUGUAAAACUAUUUAAGGUAUACACUAUUCGAUCUUAGAUCUCUUUUAGUUCUUAGUUCUUUUUGGGUUUUGUUUGUCUAGGCGUACAUUUAUGGUUUGUUGUCCAGGCAGAAAAUGGCACUGGACCCAUCUUAGAUGGAGGCCAAGUAGGCCCAAGCCAAGGCUACUGGACAAGGUCUGUUGCGUUGUCAGCAAUUACUCAUUUAUGGCCUGUCCCGGCAUUUCUCGCUCUCGGCUUCUGUGUGAGCUGGUAUCUGUGUUUAUUGCCAUCUACAGGUUCAGCACUGAAGAAAAAUGAUUGCUAAAAUAUUAUUCCAUAAACUGCUUAUCAGAGUUUUAUGCAUGUAAUAUGUAACAUGAAAACUAAGAGUAGUUUAGUUCAGCCCUUAAAAAGAUACAAAGAUAUAGUUAAGAUGGACAUGUUAGUUAGCUAACUUAAAUUAAUAAAUUAAAAUAAAAAAUGGAUUAAACAUUUAUUUUAUAAAUUUAUUAAUUUAUCAAGACUUUUUUUACCGUGCACCUAUUGAUUUAUGCAUUCGACAUUCGACUUGGUUUCGUGUGCUGCACUUUUUUAUUGGAUGGCCUAGGAUCUUCGCCGGUUAUUGCCUCCUGCCUGCUGCUUCUAUUUAUAAAGAUUACGUGUAAUUAAAAUCGGUUCCCCCAGCAACCUCAUCCUCAUCCUCAUCCCUAUCCCGUUCCCGAUCCUCAUCUUUUACUGACCAUCUCGUUACGCUUGUCACCCGACCGUUACUUGCGCGAAAGAGAUAUAAAAUAAAGCAGAUCGAAAUAAAGUUGAAGUUGAAGUUGAAGUUGAAGUUGUUGAGGAGAAUCUCGUUCCAGCAAACUUGACUGGGUGGCGCAGCAGGUUGAGUCCAAGAUUCGCUGUGACAUCAUAUAAUUGGAGAGUUUUCUUAUAGGAAUAUUGAUUGCAUUAUAAUGGGCAAGAAAUGUGAACAGGUAGGAAACUGAACUGAACAAGUAACUGCGCUUGACAGGGGAAAUUAAGGUGAUUCGGCUUUUAUCAAUUAAAACCACCCAGAACGUAAGAAAAAAUGUUAAGAAAAUUCUGAAAAAUAGUUCAUUUUUAAAUAUGCAAAGUAACUUUUUAGUAUUUUCUUAUCUCCUAAACAGAAUAUUAGGAUAUUUAGCCCACAAGUAUCAUAUUCAAAGACCUAAACAAUCUUAUCCACCGAAAUCCAUUGGAUCCAUUGGAAAUCGCAGCUGCGGAACUGUUCGUUUCACUUCAUUGAAAACCGAAACUGUUCUCCCGAUUCGGUCUAAUCAGGGCAAUUAGAUUGCUCAUUAUCUCGACAGUCGAUAGCGGCGGACUGGCAGGGGUCAAAUGUCCAUGAUGGAGGGUGGGGGAAUAUGAACUUUGACAUGCAGAGUACUGUGUGCUCUAGGCAACAGUACUUCACUUUCGAGGCGAUAAGCAAAUUGAAUUUUAAAAACGCAUAAUCAUAUUUCGAAAUUCUAUUUUAAUGGGGUCUUUAAAAAUAUAUGCUUGUGCUGGAUUUUGAUUUCGAUUAUCUGCUGUGGAUUAUCAGUCGGACCUGACCUCGGGAUGAAUGUUAUCGAGCCCCCAAAUAGUCACCAAAUGUAAGAUGGUAUUAUUUUUCAUUCGACAGAAUCAGAAUCUUUAUGUGCCAUUUGACACAGUUGGACAGGCACUGGCUAACUACUCACUUAUGCAAUCAAAUCGCUAUCAGUAUUUCCAGUCAUUUCCACACAGUGAAGCCUCUAAUCUCUGACACCCUUCGAUCUUCCUUCCUUCACCUUCCCCUCCCUUUCGACCAAAAAAACGGGCAUGUUUUGAGCACAUGAAUCUCAUCGAGAAAUGAGAUGUGUAGUCUAUUCUUGAACCCCGCUGAACUUUGGACUAGAAAAUGCAACUAAUUCGUGUACUAGAAAAAUAUAUUAAAUUUAUAUUCUGAUUAUAAUUGGAGCUGAUCUUUCCGAGGAGGCAUUUUAAUGAUAUUUUGGGGUAUUUAUGGAUUUUAAUUUAGUUCUUUGUAAAGGGUUUAAGAGAUUAUAAAAGAUGUAAACUAGUAAAUAGGUUUAUGAUGCCGAUUAAAAUUAUAUUUUCUUAAGUUAAUUUUAAAUAAAAACUAGUAUUAAAACCGUAUUUUCUAUUUAUCUGAACUUUGAUAAUGUAUACAGGUUUUUUUUGGCGUUCCAUUUAACUUUUAUUUUUAAGAUUCUGACAUUUUGUCUAGGAGACAACGGCGGCAUCGCAAGACUUUUGCUUUCCCUCUUAAAUGGCGCUCCCAAAAACUAUUUUUGCCCACUGUCCGUCGAUUUGUCCGUUUCUGUCCGCUAGAUUGUCUCCCGUUUUCCGUCCGUCUAUCAGUCAGUCCGUCCGGAUUCGUUUGUGUCCACCUCUGUCUAGCCGUCAGUUUGCGUUGCGCCUUUAGUUUUUAGCAUUUACUUCUAGCAUAGCUGGCAUUUUUGUGGCAAUUCGUGUCUAUAUGACACUUUAGAAUGCAGCCCCGUAUCUGGUGAGAUGCGAGAGAUGGCGAUGGACUAGACGAUCAGAUCUUAAGUGGUGGCAAACGGGGGAGUUCGAAGGACUUGGGGAUGAUUUUUUGGAAGAUCAGAUUGUGACUUUUUGGACUAAUGUUCAUAUUUGAUCAUUUUAUUCUUAUAUAUCGGGAACAUGCAAGUAACGAUCAGAGUAAUUUCAUCAGAAAAACUUGAAAAUCAGUCAGCUUUGAGCUAAAAUUCUUCAUGAAAAUCAAAUAAAAUCCUCUUUCAAACUUUAUGCGAAUGCGAGGAUUUUUGGCUAUGUUCGUGCUGUUUCUCCGACUGCUGUUUCACUGUACCACCGGUCACAUUGUAAUCAAGGCAAGUGAUCCCCUAGAACUCCAUACUUUCCAACUGGUUUUAUGAUCCUUCAACCGCAGAGACAUUGCCAUCUGAACAAACGAAUGGUUAAUCCGCAUGAUAUAAUGAAUGAUUUUGCAGCUAUUAAAGGAUCAGCUGGAAUAACCGGAACCGGAACUGCAGUUUUACCAAAAGGUAAAGGUAGAUCGGCAUUUUUCGAAACUGCAGGAGGAGGAAGUCCAACAACAGGUUCUCAAACAAAGAUCGAAAAGGGCGAUACGGAAUGCAAUCCGAAUGGUAAAUGCGAUGUUAAAACUGUCAUCACGCCCGGAGAUCCCAAGCAAAAAACCUCUAUGAUAGCCAUGAAAGCUGCCCAGGAUGCCAAGGCGGCCAGUGAGGCGCAAUCGGCAGCUGGACAAGCGGCAGCCCACCACAUAAAAAUGGAGCUGGCGGAGAAGGCCUUUCAAUCGGCAAAAGCUGCUGAGGCUGCUCUGAUGGGUAAACAAAUGAUGGUCGAUCAACUGGAACAAGAGGUCCAGGAAGCUAAUGCUGUUGUGGAGGAGGAGACCAACUCGAUUCACCAUACGGAGGCCAAUAUGAAUGCUGCAGUGGAUGCUGUAAAACUUGCCACCCAGCAAUUUGAGGCGAUCAGUGAGUUGCAGAAGGCCGCCAGAGAGGCACUGGCCAAUAUACAGAAUUUAGCUUUGGGAACUCAGCAAGAAAUGGCAUCCAAGACGCAGCUCCUGGAAGCUGCUCGCAAUCGGUCGGCCAUACUGGAAAAACAAUUUCAAAGUGCCCACGAAGACUACGAGCAGACUAAGCAGGCAGCUUAUAAAGCAGCCUGUGCGGCAGUGGAAGCCAAACAGAGGGCUGGCCCAGCAAAUUUUUAUAUUUUUUAA